AUGGGCUGCGGAAUGUCCAAAUCACCCUCUGAAUACCCGCCCCCGAUGCGGCAAACAAAGGUCUCGAAGCGCAACAAGCGGCAUUACGGCGGUGGUAGCGACACGGGAGGCGCAUACGCAUACACAGCAGGAUACGGAGGCGGAGGUGGCUUCUUUAGUGGAGGAGAUGGUGGAGGCUGCAGCGGUGGAGAUGGCGGCGGUGGUGGAGGCGGAGGAGGUGAUGGAGGAGGCGGUGGUGGUGGUGGAGAUGCUGGAGAAGACUCUGCUAUUCCAUGGCUCGGUAUACGCAAUAGUGAAAACGACAAGUACCGAGAGCUAUCAAGCAAUCUCGAAGAUCGUUUGAGUCAAGCGCGCAGCUGGUUCGAGCAAUGCAAGGCUGAUCAUUCGCUUUGUGCACCAGACAAGGGUGAAUGGCCACGUCGUGUCCUCGAUCUCGCAACUGAUCCUAUCCGCCUUGUGGAUAGCGCAUCGAUUGUAUCAGAAUCACCACAACAUCAGGAAGGUUACGCUUGUCUCAGUUACGCAUGGGGCACGACCGGCUCCCUCAAGACGCUGAAAAGUAAUCUCGAGACCCAUAUGCAAGGCAUCGAUAUUUCGACACUCCCUCGCACCCUCGCCGAUGCCAUCCACGUGUGCAAGGCUUUUGGCUUGCGAUACCUAUGGAUUGAUGCGCUAUGCAUAGUACAAGAUGAUAUACAGGACUGGACGGACCAAAUUCCACGCAUGAAGUCCAUCUACCCAGGAGCCGAGCUGGUCAUCUCGGCACAGAGUGCAUCCAGCGUCCAGGAAGGAUUUCUGUCCCUCAGCCCUGCCGCGAAUGCACCCCUCAAACGUAUUGAGGUACCCUUUCACAUGCCAGACGGCACGUCUCGUACAGUUCAACUCUCCAUUCGCGAGCGAGAGGAACAAUACUGGAGCAACCCAGCACAUCAUUCGUCGCGCCCCAAUAUAGAAGAUGUCGACAUCGACGAACUUCUCACGCCCCUCGCUACCCGCGCAUGGGUGUUUCAAGAGAGCUUCCUAGCGCGCAGAAUACUAUAUGCUACACCAUCUGAACUAGCCUGGCAGUGUAGCCAGCACGAGAGAUGCGAGUGUCGGAAGGAGGCAAAUGAAAACGCCGUUCGAUAUAUCGGCGAAGACGACCAUUUCUUCAACGUGCGUACUCUUGGUCAACUACUCCGUGUAGAAGACUCCCGCGCGACCGACCAACCUCAUUUCAACCAUUCGAAACUAUGGGCCGAGAUUGUAAAGCGGUACUCGGAAAAGAGACUGACCAAAUGGACUGAUCGCUUAGCCGCAAUACAAGGCGUAGUGGGAGCGUUACAGCAAGCCAUGCCUGACAAGUUCCCGGAGGAAGAUUACCUCUUCGGGCUCUGGAAAUUGCAGCUAGAAAAGUGGCUGUUGUGGCUUCGUCCCCAUCGGAAGCAGCCUGGCGACUCAGAGGCAGUUGCCACACUGAGGAAGAUGGCGCCAUCUUGGUCCUGGACGACGACUAUAGGAAACAUCAUGUACUAUGAGUUUAUCUUUGAUCCGGAAGUCGUAACUUACACACGAGUCGUGAACUGGAAGCACAAGGAGCCUGAUAGCUCUGAGACAGAGGUAUUUGGAGCGGGCAAGUGUGAGUUGACGCUCCUUGGCUUUUGCCUCCCGGUCCGGUCACCGUUAUCAGGUCACGAAGAUGAAAUGGAGUUGGGCUCGUAUAACCCUUUCCUCAUCCCCGAACGCUAUGCAUCCUCUGAUGCCAUCGGCCCCGCAGUCAUCGACAUGAUACCAGACGACCCGACGGACACAACCGUGUUGUCCCGCGUCACACAUUUCGCGCCUCUAGACAAGGCGUAG